GGUUUUCGGAGUAAUCGGAUCACAUUCGAAAAUCAUAUUAAAAACUUUCUUUUAUCGCGUGCUUAGUUAAAUUCGAAUUCUGCUGUUACUCGAAAGUCGAGAUUUUGUCGGGACUUAAGCGAAUCUUUAAGAUUGAGCACUAAUCGUGAUCGCCGUGUUAAUUUAUAGGCUAAAGGUCAGUUCUUUCGAUGCGCCAAGCAGUGGGGUUGGUUCUUUUGGGGCAAAGAAUCGUAAUUGGUUCUGACCCGGCAGCAGAGACUUAUAAUCCCGUAAGAAAGACUCGGCCUUUGACACGGUAAUGAAUUUGUACGAUUGCGAUUUUCAUUGGGCGGAGGUAAAAGAGGGGGAGGAAAUGGAGUGAAGGAUGCAUAAAAGCCGGAGAGAGAUAGAGACGGAGGGAGGGAGGGAGAGAGAGAGAGGGAGGAGAGAGAAAUGGGUCCUCCUGUAUGGUGAGAGGGGAGAGAGAAUUUGGGGCCAUGGGCGUUUUCUGAAGCGUUUCGCUAUCGUUGGCUUCUUCACCGUUGGAGCUUUGGUCGCAACUGAAAAAUCCGCAGAUUCUCCGGCAGAAAUUUUGGGCUUCCAGAUUCUUCUGAUUCUAUUGCAGGGGCUCUCACCUACCCAUUUUGCCCUCAAGGCUAGCGGUAUGACCCAGGAUUACUUAUAGAACAGCCAAGUCUCGCGAUUUAUGCGUUGGUCUUGAGUUUGUGCUGGUGGGAAUUUCUGGAGCUGGGGAUUGAAGUUUCUUUGUGCUCUUUGUUUCAUCUCCCUGUUGAAAGAAAGUCUCUGAAGGAGGAAAGUUGUGAAAAAGAAAAUGGAAGAACCAACGGCAACAAGAUAUUGGUGCCAUAUGUGCUCUCGGACGGUAAACCCCAUCAUGGAGUUUGAGAUUAAAUGCCCGAUUUGCGAGAGUGGUUUCGUUGAGGAAAUGGAGGCUGGUAUAGGGGACAGUCAGGGACAUGAUUCUGAUUUGGGAUCAGAUCGAACAUUCUCUCUUUGGGCCCCGAUCUUGCUUGGCAUGAUGGGCCAUUCCCAUCGCCGCCGAAUAUCAAGACGUUUGGAGUUUGAUGACGAGGAUGAUGAUAACGAAGAUGGCGAAUCGCGUCUUGAAGGGGAAACUGAAUUGGACCGAGAAAUUGAAUCCAUAAUUCGGAGGAGGAGGCGAAGCUCUGCUACUAUUUUGCAAUUGUUGCAAGGCAUUAGAGCUGGAAUCGCUGCGGAAUCUGAUGAUGCAAACCGAAAUAGAGAUGUAGACAGAGAAGAUGGAGAGAGGGACAGAGAUAGAGAUAGGGAUAGGGAUAGGGAACAAGAGCGGGUAAUCUUUAUUAAUCCUUUCAAUCAAACUAUCAUCGUUCAGGGUUCAUCCUAUGAUUCAACGCGGAACGAGAACACCAUUGGUUCACUUGGUGAUUAUUUCAUAGGCCCUGGUUUAGAUAUGUUAUUGCAGCAUCUGGCAGAAAAUGAUCCCAACAGGUACGGGACUCCACCGGCACAGAAAGAGGCAGUGGAAUCGAUGCCCACUGUAACAAUUAAGGAGAACUUACAAUGCUCUGUUUGUUUGGAUGACUUUGAGAUUGGAGCGGAAGCAAAGGAAAUGCCUUGUAAGCAUAAGUUCCAUAGUGAGUGCAUAUUGCCUUGGUUAGAACUUCAUAGCUCUUGUCCCGUUUGCCGAUUUCAGUUGCCUGCUGAUGAGUCGAAGCUCGAUUCUGAUGGGUCUAGAAAUGGCAACAACAUAAGGCAGAGGGAGAGGGAGAGUGAGAAUAGUCAUGAAAGUGGUGAAGAUGGAAAUGGCGAUGAAAGAAACGGAAAUAACAGGAGGUUCGCCUUUCCAUGGCCAUUCAGUGGCUUGUUUUCGUCGUCAGGAUCUCAAUCUGGUGGAGGGAAUUCUCCAACGUCCUCAUCAGCAUCGCAGGCAAAUGGCCAUGAAAGCUCAUCACAAACGGAUGAAAAUUGAGCACGAAGUUCUUAAACAAACGGAUGAGACCUGAGCGUACUUUUUCGAGUUUUUGGCUUUUGUGGUUAGUCUAUGCUGUAUAUUGCCCGAAGUUCUUGCAGUCGCUACUUGCUAGUGUAUAUAGUUUCUCGCAUUACGAAUUCAGAUUUGUAACGAGCAGAUUGUGGUUACUUCUUUUCCCUCUUCUACCUUUGCAAGAAUGUACAUCUAUGAGCCUUGUUAAAUUGCCUUGGCAUCAUGCCUUUUUCUUUUCCCUUU